CGAGUCUCUCACGCAGCGGAAAACUAGUGCACUGCAGCUGAACAACGCAUUCGGUGAGAGGUCGGUAACGCAGUCGAGCCUGCUCGUCGGUGAACCUCUCCCUCACUCGAAUCCGUAUCCACGUUGAAGUUUUGUCCUCAAAAAUCCCGCAAGUCGAAGCGACAGGAGAAUAAUCGCAGUGCUGGACACACAGCUCGGAUAUUGCCGCGAACGCUGAGGUCUGAGAAAUGGCAACGACAACUUGCACGCGCUUCACCGACGAGUACCAGCUGUAUGAAGAACUUGGAAAGGGGGCCUUCUCAGUGGUGCGACGUUGUGUCAAGCUGUGCACGGGCCAAGAAUAUGCUGCCAAAAUCAUCAACACCAAAAAGCUCUCUGCAAGAGAUCACCAGAAACUGGAACGGGAAGCCCGUAUCUGCCGUCUGCUCAAGCAUCCCAAUAUCGUGCGGCUCCAUGACAGUAUAUCAGAGGAAGGCUUCCAUUACCUCUUAUUUGACCUUGUUACGGGCGGAGAGCUGUUUGAAGACAUUGUAGCCAGAGAAUAUUACAGUGAAGCUGACGCCAGUCAUUGUAUCCAUCAGAUUCUAGAGAGUGUCAGUCACAUUCACCAUCAUGACAUAGUGCACAGGGACCUGAAGCCAGAGAACCUGCUCUUGGCCAGUAAAUGCAAGAACGCCGCCGUCAAGCUGGCCGACUUUGGCCUGGCCAUUGAAGUGCAAGGGGACCAGCAGGCCUGGUUUGGGUUCGCUGGAACGCCAGGUUAUCUUUCCCCAGAAGUGCUACGGAAGGAGGCUUAUGGGAAACCUGUGGACAUUUGGGCAUGUGGAGUCAUCCUGUAUAUUCUGCUGGUGGGAUAUCCUCCGUUUUGGGAUGAAGACCAGCACAAACUCUACCAACAGAUCAAAGCUGGGGCUUAUGACUUCCCCUCGCCAGAGUGGGACACGGUCACCCCUGAUGCCAAAAACCUCAUCAAUCAGAUGUUGACCAUCAAUCCAGCCAAGAGAAUCAUGGCCCAGGAGGCUCUGAAACACCCGUGGGUCUGCCAACGUUCCACUGUGGCAUCCAUGAUGCACAGACAGGAAACAGUCGAGUGCCUGAAGAAGUUCAACGCAAGAAGGAAACUCAAGGGAGCGAUAUUGACCACCAUGCUGGUGUCGCGCAAUUUCUCUGUGGGCAGGCAGACCACGGCACCCGCCACCGUCUCUGCAGCCGCUGCUGCGGCCGGUACCACCACCAGUCUAGUGGAACAAGCAGCCAAGAGCCUGCUCAACAAGAAGGCCGAUGUCAAGCCACAGUCAAACAGUGCCAAAAACAGCAUAGUCACCAGUCCCAAAGGAAACGUCCCUCCUCCUGCUCUGGAGCCUCAGACCACUGUUAUCCAUAACCCAGUGGAUGGGAUCAAGGAAUCUUCAGACAGCAGCAACACCACCAUUGAGGAUGAAGACGUCAAAGGGAAAAGCCUAGAUAGCAGUUCAGUAAAAGCCCCCGCUGAAGUCAGCCAAUCACCUCCGGGCUCCGUCCCCGCCAUCUUCUCCACCAAGCUGACCGAUAUCUUGGGCUGCGCCCGUAGGGGCUCGGGACCCUCGGCUGUGCCUGAUAGCGAAGCAGCUGCCCACUCCACACAAUCCCCUCCACAGACCCCCAUCAUGCAGACACGCAAACAGGAAAUCAUCAAGAUCACAGAGCAGCUGAUAGAAGCCAUCAAUAAUGGGGACUUUGAUGCCUAUGCGAAAAUCUGUGACCCUGGAUUGACAUCCUUUGAACCCGAGGCUUUGGGGAACCUGGUUGAGGGAAUGGACUUCCAUAGAUUCUACUUUGAGAACUUGCUUUCUAAGAACAGCAAGCCCAUCCACACCACUAUCCUGAACCCUCACGUCCACCUGAUUGGAGAAGAGGCCGCCUGCAUCGCCUACAUCCGCCUCACUCAGUUUGUGGAUGGGCAGGGCCGGCCAUGCAGCAGCCAGUCAGAGGAGACCCGCGUGUGGCACCGCCGGGACUCCAAAUGGCAAAACGUUCAUUUCCACUGCUCCGGUGCGCCGGCUGCCCCUCUCCAGUGAAGAGCGGCCCUGCAAGCGAUACAUUAGAUGUGAGUGCCCUUCACGGAGGUGAAGGACAGGGAGGACUGAUAAGAUGGCAGCAGAGGUCCAGCGUCGGAGCGCUCCGAACCCUCCAGCCUUCCAACGCUGGACACAGCCGUCCUCCCCUGCAUGCAAACCAACAGUUAUCUCUCUGCCAGAACCACCCUCACCUCUGACUCCACCCAGCACGCUCCCGACCGAACGUCUUUAUCCCAAGACUCAAGAUUACAUAUAUUAAUCAUCGAGAGCGAUCAUAGACUCCAGGUUCCCGUCUAGAGUUCUAAUAACCCGCACGAUUGCCGCCUUAUCCACGGUCCUUCGCACUCGUCUUCACUGGCCUUAUGCCCCCUGCGCCCAGGUACUCCCAAAUACAGUAGAUCAUGUUUUAAUAAAAAUAUCAUCAUUAUUAUUGUAUUUAUUGUUAUUGUUACUACUAUUGAUUAUAUAUGAUUAUUACUUCCGUCAGGAUUCUAAGUAUUGCUGUUGUUCUUGAGAUUGUAUAUUUGAUGGUCAAAUUACUGAUGUUUCGUUUUAAAACACUUAUUUUCUUCUCUUUUUUUUAAGCAUGGAUUAAAAAAAAAUUUAUUUUUUUUUUGGUGUUCAGGUAAUCUGAAGUCUAUUUCGGCAGUGCUGUAUGUUAAAGUUCACAGCUCGCUGGUAAAAGUAAAAAAGCAGCAGCGCACACGUGGUUUUAAGAUUCAAAACUCAUAGUCAAUUUUCUCGCGAAUAUGGUGGCGAGCAGAUUUUCUGUCACCGCGAUCAGUGUUUGUAUUAUCAGGUCACCAAUUAGAUAGAUCUCUUGGAGGCAGCUGACAUCAUCACAUCAUUGAGAUUCGCCUCGUAUAUAUCUGCAGGUUGCCAAGUUUAAUUUCCUUCAAAAAGAGCUGUUUGUCUUUAAAUCAGAGCAUAAUCUCAUGUAUUGGCCCUUGAUGACCAGCAGCUGAUGUGUCCUUCUUAUUGACAAUCAAUGCUGAUCUGGUUUUAUGUGAGUUUUGGUGGUCUGUGAGACUAGGAAUGUCUGUUUAAGCUUGUCGUCUUUUUCUCAAGGGAUCUUGUAGGAUGUUUCGAAUGAGUACAGCAUGUUGUUUUUAAGGGCCUUUCAUUUAAAGCAGCAGCUAAUUUACUGCUGUUCGCUGGCCAAGUGUGUUUAAGAUUUAAAUAGCCAUUCUGGAUCCCACGGUGAUCAGAAACCUGUGAAUUUUAACGUGUUUCUACCGUCGUCACAGGAAUGUUGUGAUUCACCUCGACUCAGGCACCUACAGCUAUUCUUUGUUUUCUUUUUGUUCUGUACACGCAGGAACUUUUUAUAUAUAAUUUAUGUGGUGUAAUUAAGGCAGUUUUGUUCUUUGUGUUUUUUUUUUUAACGUGUGUGUGUGUGUGUGUGUGUACGUGUGUGUGGUUUUACAAUACAAUGGCACUGAUAUCCUGAAUGUGAAAGCAUCGUCACUGUAUUAAAGUGUUGAAAGCCAUAGCGCACAGAGCGAGAAUUUCCAGCGGAUUGUAAGGAUGUUUUUAUAAGUGUUGUCUUUCAGUCUAGCAGAACUGGAAGAUAGUCUUAUGUGGAUUGACUAGGGGGCUUCCUGACAACUGGUACUGUUCGUUUUUGACGUCCUGUCAAAAGAUUUCUCUCCUACUGAAUGUGGGCUGCUACCUGAAGUCACAUGACCUUUGUUGAGGCUGCUCAGUGUGCUUUAUGUUGAUUUUAAAGGAAUAGUUCACCCAAAAAUAAAGCUUUGCUGAAAACGUACUCACCC